AUGGCUCUUCCGAACAAUUUUACUGUGCUGGACUCCGGCGGUGGCGGCAGUACGAUCAGAGAACUUGCCUUGGCUGCCAAUGUGGCCUACCUUACCCCGUACUACCUCGUUCAAAGGAAAGAAAAUAUCUCAGCUUCGAAGGAUGUAAUAGCGGUUUCGGACACCAUCUUCAAGCGAGGAGCCGAUGCUCGUGCUCUCCUCGGCUUGCCAGCGAAUGGAAAAGCCACUAUUACGCCUGCUGGGAUUCCAGCGGGGACCCGAGUAUUCGUGCAGAGUUCUAGCCAUAAUCGAAAGAUUCCAGCCAACUCUCAAGUACUCUUGCAGAUUGCUGCCGACGGGGCGGCUGUCAAUGCGGAUUCUCCUCCUGCACCGGCUCCUGCGGCGGCUCCUUCCCCUGCUCCGUCCCCCGCUACAUCCCCAGCACCAGCACCUCCAGACACAAACCCUCGGCCCAGCAAGCAGGCGAGGACUGACGACAAUAGCAAUGAUGGCAACGACCAGGACCCUAUUGUGGACGACGACGGCACCAACCUGGGCUCAAAAGUGUUGCGUCUCCGCCUCAAGCGUGAGGGUGCACGUUCGUGCAAGGCACUGCAGGCCUCGUUGAUCUGGAAUGACAUUGCCGACUUGGACCUUAGCUGUAUUACUCCGGAUGGGACUACCAUUUAUUAUGGUAACAAGGAGGCGGAAUGCGGUGGAUGGCUUGACGUAGACAUGAAUGUCGACGCCGCAAACGCUUCCACGGAACCCGUGGAGAACAUCUUUUGGGCCAGUGCCCCCUCUGGCAAAUACAUAUUUCGUGUUACCAACUUUAACUGCCACACGGAUCCCCAGCGGACUGUUUUCAUUGACAAAGGCCGGUCCGUGCCCUUUCGGCUAUUUCUGACCAAGAACGGAAAGACAGAAGUGAUGGAUGGCUCCGUCAAGGAUAAGGAAGUCAAGAUAUGCUACGAAUUUGAACUUGAAGGCGAUGGUGCUUUGGGUUCCUACGUCGUCAUGCCACCAAGUGACGUGAAGACAACGUUCAAGGAUGCUUGUGAAAAGCACAGAGUCACGUACACGCAGGGAGCCGGAUACUAUGCAUUGGCUCGCAUGGAGAACAUUUCUCAAAACAAGGCCAUGCUAUUGCAGAACAUUGAAAAGGAUACUUUUACCAUUGGCAAGGAUGCCUGUCGGCGGCAACUGGGGUGGCCCAUCGAUGUCAAGCAAAUCCGCAAGGGCCCAAAGGAUAUCCCAGAAGGCUACCGCCUGUUCGUCCAGAGCACGAGCCACAAUCGAUUGAUCCCUCCUGGAACACAUUUUCUCAUGAAGGUAUCCGUCAAAGAAGCCCUGGAACAUCGGCCUGCAUUCAAUACACAGUUCAAUAACGAAACUCACACCAUGGGCCGAGCAGUAGGACCCUAA